AUGUUCGACGGACAGUAUGACAGCGACAGCCAUGCUCAAACCACAGAGAGCGUUGUUCUUGAAGAGGAGCUCCCGGAAGACUACGAGCCUACGGAGGAUGAAAUUCUCGAAUAUGCUAAAUGGCUCGGUAUGGAUCCUGAUGAAGACAAGGCUCUCUUCUGGAUCGCCAGGGAAGGUCUCAAAGCUCCCCUGCCCGAGAAUUGGAAACCAUGCAAAACCGGGGAUGACGAGAUCUACUACUUCAACUUUGCGACCGGUGAGAGCGUAUGGGACCAUCCUUGCGAUGAGUACUACAGGAAUCUCUUCAAGGACGAGAAGGACAGGCUGAUCGAGGUGCGAUUCUUCAUCGAAUUCAUGCAGAUUACUUGA